AUGGAGGCCGCCAUUCGCUUCUCGCAGAAUUCCAUUCCCGGGACUGAUCAGCGAUUACUGCAUGUCGACGUGACCGGAAAGGUCUUCAGGCUUUGCAAGUUCAACCAAGAAAGUAAGACAAAGCUUCAGUAUGAGACGGUACACACUUCGACAAAGGUUCCCGCAUUUCGAGCUUUUGACUGGCACCCGGUGAACGAGGAACUGGUUGUCGUCGGACAAGCCGGUGGAGAAGCCACCCUCUUGAAUAUAGCAGAGGGACAACAAGACUCUCUGUCGUUCCAAGUGCGAAGCCAACGGCUCUGCAACUCGGUGACUCUCAACACCCAAAAUCUGCUGGCUGCUGGACUCGACAAGGUUCGGACAGAUUUCUGCUUGAAUGUCUGGGAUUUCAACCAGCGUCUGCCGGCCCAGGGCAGCAACGGCUUUUCAAAGAAUUAUUCGGAUCCUCUCCACAAGCUUGCUAGCGGUGAACCAAUCACAAGUUUGAAGUUCUUCCAGGAUGACCCUCAACUGCUUGUGGCGGGAGUGAAGGGCCAAUUUGUCAGGCUGUACGACCUGAGAGAGCCGACCGUCGGGAACGGGCUGCAGUUUGCGACGCGAUGUGUCCAUAACCUGGCCAUUGAUUGGCACGAUGAAAAUUAUUUCGCAUCCUGCUAUCCUACGAAUGAUCCGUCGAUCUGUGUCUGGGACAAACGCAUGAUCUCUCGCCUCAACGCCCCGCACCUGAGUUUUGGUGGCGGCUCGAACUCUGACAAUCGGCAACCUGAGGUUUCAAUAGAGCUGAAGAACGUCAUCGACAGCCCUGGCACAAUUUGGAGCUUACGCUUCUCCAAAGCCGAAAGAGGCUGCCUGGGCGUUCUCUCGAGCAGUGGACACCUCAAAGUGUUUAAGAUUGCCAAAGAUUUCAUGAGCGAAAGUCAUCAGGGUGAUCAAGGUACGGGCAAUGAUCUAUCUUGGGAGACGACUCCGCCGCAUGACGUCUUUCUUGAUAGUGCCCAAGAGGUGGCCAGGCCAUAUUCACAUCCUUCCGUGCAGCAAGCUGAAAAAUCCAGAAUCGUAUCCUUCGACUUCAUGACAUCGACUACAACAUCGGGACAAUCUAAGAUCUUGGCCCUCGAAGGACAUGGAGACAUUCGAAUAACUUCAACGAGCCCUUCACCAGAACCCACGGCUUUCUCUACUGUUGGCUAUCUGUGCAAGGGCGAAGUGAUUGUGGGACAAUCUGCCACAGAACUUCCCGAGCCGGGUUCCACGAUAGAGCAGAUUCGCCGUCGUGCCCAACCGCGAAACGCGCUCAAACAAGCGUUCAAGCAAUCUCGUCAGAACAGCAGUGAUCUUGAUAAGAAGAGAAUGUCUAGCCUGGGUGACCAAGCGUGGUACGCCGACCUAGGCUACUACGAGAAGGAUGUACCACUAGCAGAUAUCCUGACGUUGAUGUCGACUCAACGACUUCGCUGCGAAGCCGGCUACCUGAUGGACCCAUCCAAAAACAAAGCUAUCGUUUCCGAUUCUCACUGGUUGCAAUCAUUCUGGGCGUGGGUCGAACGAGCUACAAAGAUAUCCAGGAAUGGUAACAUGACACAGGACAACCUCGACUUAUCCUACAUUGGUGUGUGUGGUCUCUGGACGGAAAGUAUCUACACCAAGAACCGGACGCUGGGUCCUGUCUCCGCUAAUGUGGCCGAAACCAUUGAAAGUUUAGUUCGCCGCCUAAACAUCCCCCGGGUGAAGGGCAGCCCAACACAAUACACUGCGAACAGGCAAAUAUGUCUGCAUUCCGCGGGUUUGGCGUGGUCUUAUGACGAACUGGAGAUAAUUGUCAAACGGCUUGUGGCACAAAACCAGCAUACCAAGGCCGCGGCUCUGGCAAUCAUUGCAAUGGAACGUAAACUUGCGUACAAGGCGCUUCGCAGCAAGAAUGCCUCCCAGUCUCUCAAGAUGCUUGCGAUGGCCAUUGCGGGUGCACCAAAGAGAAAACACAGCGAUGAGGUAGAUACGACGACCGGCGAUGAUUCAGAUGCCCAGGAUGAUUGGGCUGACACUAUCGCCUCAUUAGCCGAGGAUUUGACUGAUCCAUAUGCCCGUGCCAUCCUUGCCUAUGUCAAGACGGGAGACUGGGCGAAUGUGGUAGGGGAGGGUUCUCUCCCACUCAAGUACCGGGUAGGCAUUGCGCUCCGGCAUUUUGAUGAUUCGACCCUGACGCGAUACAUCUCCCAAGCAACUAAACAUGCCUUGGAGGAAGGCGACAUUGAAGGGGUCGUACUUACCGGAACUGCGACGCGACAAGCUUUCGACCUGAUGACGGGAUAUCUCCGACGCUUCGGUGACUUACAGACUGCCGUGCUGGCUCUAGCGCCAUCGAUACCACGAUAUAUCGAUGAUGAAAAUGUUGUACGCAAGUUCGACGCUUGGAAGGACGCAUACAAGAACAUGAUGAAUGGCUGGAACCUCAAAUUUGAUCGAGUCCGGUUUGACAUUGCAUGCCAGAAAGCCGCAGUCGACGGAAAUGGCAGACGAUUGAUAGCGCCAGCGAAACAGCAGGUCCGCCUUGUAUGCGGGUUUUGCGCCCAGGGCAUAGCGAACACAGCCGGAGCAAAUGGCGAAAGCGUAUCUGGACCCAAAGUUGUUGAAACGGCACAGCACCCUCUCACAAAAGAGAAGGCCGCGGCGAUUGGCACCGUCUGUCCGAACUGUGGUCGGCACCUGCCCCGGUGCGGUGUCUGUGACUUCUGGCUCGGCAGCCCAGAUGAAUCAUACUUGUCGUGGUACGGACCGCAACAAGCUUCGAAGCUUAAUGCCGCGACAGAUCUGAGCGCUAGUAUGACUGGCAGUGUGCAAACGACCAUCGGGCCUGGCGCUGCCACUGGAGCUUUUGGAGGGACCGAAUCGCCUCGACCCAGACAGCCAACACAAUCGCCCAACAAUUCAAAGAAAUCAGCAGCAACCGAGUCCUCCACGCGGACGGUUAUCCCCACUUCUAACACAAGCAUCGCUGAUGCCGUCCGCAGCAUCGCCGGUGCAGUUCCUUUGGCUCUAAGCUUGGAACACGACGAUGACUUGCGCAAGGCCGAAAACGCUCUAAACUGGGACGCUGCCAUGUCCAGAUUCACAGUGUUAUGCCUGAAAUGUUCGCACGGGUGUCAUGCUGCGCAUGCGAGGAUGUGGUUUGAAAGACAUCGGGUGUGCCCUGUGCCUGAAUGCACCUGCUUGUGCAAUGUAUGA